UUAAAGAAACGCUGCUGUCGCUCGCCUGCUCGCUUCUCGCUCGGCAUUGUGGCUAGCCAGCCGGGCACUCGGGGGGCACGCGCGGCUGCCGCUCGAGCUCUGCCCCCACCCCACCCGCCAGCAGAUCUGGGGUGGGGACCCAGGCGGGGGCUCCUGCAGCCACUGCCGGGCGCGGACCGCGAGGAGCGAACCACUCUUCCCGGCGCCGAGAAAGGAGCAACGGAGCCCUCUGCAGCCAGCCUGCCUCCCCGCCCCUGACCACUCGCUUCCCGGCUGCCUUUGUGGCCGCAGCUUCCCGCUGCCGAGCCGUGGGCCGGCGGGGGUGCGGUGCGCACGGCCGAGCGAUGCCCAGCUCGCUAUUUGCAGACCUGGAGCGCAACGGCAGCGGCGGCGGAGGGGGAGGCGGCGGCGGCGGCGGGGGAGGCGGCGGUGGCAGCGGUGGGGGAGAGACCCUCGAUGACCAAAGAGCCCUACAGCUCGCGCUCGACCAGCUCUCCCUGCUGGGGCUGGACAGUGACGAGGGCGCGUCUCUGUACGACAGCGAGCCGCGGAAGAAGAGCGUGAACAUGACCGAGUGCGUGCCAGUGCCCAGUUCCGAGCAUGUCGCCGAGAUCGUGGGGCGGCAAGGUUGUAAAAUCAAAGCGCUGCGGGCGAAGACCAACACUUAUAUCAAGACCCCGGUCCGUGGGGAGGAGCCUGUCUUUGUUGUGACGGGCAGGAAGGAGGAUGUGGCCAUGGCUCGGAGGGAGAUCAUCUCUGCCGCGGAGCACUUCUCCAUGAUCCGCGCCUCGCGGAAUAAGAACACGGCGCUCAACGGCGCGGUGCCUGGGCCGCCUAACCUGCCAGGGCAGACCACUAUCCAGGUGCGGGUGCCCUACCGCGUGGUGGGGCUCGUGGUGGGGCCUAAGGGAGCCACGAUCAAGCGCAUCCAGCAGCAGACGCACACGUACAUCGUGACGCCCAGCCGCGACAAGGAGCCGGUAUUCGAGGUGACCGGCAUGCCUGAGAACGUGGACAGAGCUCGCGAGGAGAUCGAGGCGCACAUCGCCCUGCGCACUGGCGGCAUCAUUGAGCUCACAGAUGAGAACGACUUCCACGCCAACGGCACGGAUGUGGGCUUUGAUCUGCAUCAUGGGUCCGGCGGGUCCGGCCCAGGCAGCCUCUGGAGCAAGCCCACCCCCAGCAUCACGCCCACUCCCGGCCGCAAGCCCUUCUCUAGCUACCGCAACGACAGCUCCAGCUCGCUUGGCAGCGCCUCCACAGACUCUUACUUCGGCGGGGGGACCAGCGGCAGUGCAGCCGCUACCCCGCGCCUGGCGGACUACAGUCCCCCCAGCCCUGCGCUCAGCUUUGCUCACAACGGAAACAACAACAAUGGCAAUGGAUACACCUACACCGCGGGGGAAGCUUCUGUGCCUUCCCCCGACGGUUGUCCUGAGCUACAGCCCACCUUCGACCCAGCUCCCGCCCCACCACCUGGGGCGCCUCUUAUCUGGGCCCAGUUCGAGAGAUCCCCGGGAGGCGGACCUGCAGCUCCCGUGUCCUCUUCCUGCUCUUCCUCUGCAUCUUCGUCUGCUUCGUCCUCCUCCGUGGUCUUUCCCGGGGGCGGCGCCAGCGCACCCUCCAAUGCCAAUCUGGGGCUGCUGGUGCACCGCCGGCUGCACCCGGGCACCAGCUGCCCGCGUUUGUCGCCACCCUUGCACAUGGCCCCGGGGGCGGGCGAGCACCACCUGGCUCGCCGGGUGCGCAGCGACCCGGGCGGAGGGGGCCUGGCUUACGCCGCGUAUGCCAAUGGUCUGGGAGCGCAGCUGCCCGGCUUGCAGCCGUCGGACACAUCUGGCUCCUCAUCAUCGUCCAGCUCCUCCUCCAGCUCUUCAUCCUCCUCCUCCGGGUUGCGGCGUAAAGGCAGUCGCGACUGCUCCGUGUGCUUUGAGAGUGAAGUAAUCGCCGCAUUGGUGCCCUGCGGCCACAACCUCUUCUGCAUGGAGUGCGCCAACCGCAUCUGCGAGAAGAGCGAUCCUGAGUGCCCGGUCUGCCACACUGCGGUCACUCAGGCCAUCCGCAUCUUUUCCUGAAGGCAGCGCGCGCGCUCGCCUGCGCGCACCACGCGGGGGAAGGAGGACCCGCUUCCCUCCAUCCUCACUCCCCAGCGCCUCUCUGCCUACUCGGUGCCCCACCUCCUCCUUCCCCCCUGCUCACACUCCUGAGAUCCGAAGAGGAGCUUGGAAAGCUGUAGUAUCCGCUCAUUUUCUAAAAAUUUUAAUUUUUAAACAAAGGAACUUGCCAGGAUAUCUGCAUCAAGAGUACUGUAGCCUGGGAAACCUCCGAACCACCUGAAAUGCAUGCUCUAUAAAUAAUAGAAUCGGCGACAUUCUAGUAAUGAUAGUUUUUACACUGUACUUAAUAGGAAGCUUCCAAAAGAAGAAAACCCCACAAGUUCUCCAUUUUCUUAAAGUAGGAAAAAAAUGAACAAUAAUUAUUAUGAUGAAGAUGAUAAUAAUAGUGCUAUGGGAUGUGUGGACUGUUUUAGUGUGUUCCCCUUUGUGGCUGGGUUCCUACGAUGCUUAUUAUAGAACACAGUGGAUCCUUUUUGAAUGUUCGUGGAAGGGCCAGGAGUUCCUGUGAAACCAGGAUACUGCAGCUUUAUUAAAGUUAAAGAAACUGUAACAUAUCUCUUAUAUAUUAAAAACGUUUAAAAGUUUUAAAGAGAAAUUGCAUUAAUACAGAUUGAAGUAUUUUAUUCUUUUUUGACUUGAAAAAUUAUAUUUCAUAUUGCAAAGAUGUUUACAAGUAUUUUAAUUUAAGUUCAGUGAACUUUUUUGUAGCUGGGUUAAAUCUUUUUAUUUUAGUAUGGCCUUAUGGCAAAGAACACUGUAUUAUUUUAAUAAUCACACAAUUGUGACGGAAUUACAAACCAUAAAAUGUGUAAUGUUUUGAACAGUAUUCUGUUGGGAUGGAGAUUUUAUAGGUUCAGACAAAUCUUCUAGAUCUGCUUCACCCAGCAUAUUUUCUAUUCAGUGAUAUAAAGCAUAUUUUAUUCUAUAUUAUUACAAAAAACGGAAAUGUAUAAACAUGUCAAAAGGAACUGUUGAUGCUUUCUAACAUUUGUAUAAAUAGAAUUCAGUGCAAGUUACAAAAAUUCUGUUGCACCACUAUAGUUUUAGUAUUUCUAUUUUAAUACAUUUGUUUACCACUUGUUUAUGUAUAUGUAGGUGAUGUUACUUGAGCUUAAAUGUACUUUACUGAGCAAAGUUUAAAAAAACAAAGUAUAUUUUAUUUUAUGAUAAAGGGCCUUUAACCUCAUGGUCAAAUACUAAUAUUAUAUUUGCUGAGACAAGAUUUGAAAUUGUAUCAAGAGUUUUAUUUUUCUGACAUUUAAAGUUCUACAUAAUAAAGGUAAAACUUAAGUAAUGGUGCUACUUCAUUUUUUAAGUAUUUCUAUAUAAAUAAAAUA